AUGUCCUACUUUCUGACGCACCUGCCGACGGGCUGGCAUGUCGACCAGGCGAUUCUGUCCGAGGAGGAGCGCGUAGUGGUGAUCCGCUUUGGGCACGACUGGGACGAGACGUGCAUGAAGAUGGACGAGACGCUCUUUGGCGUGUCCGAGCGCGUCAAAAAUUUCGCCGUGGUCUACCUCGUGGACAUUACGCAGGUGCCCGACUUUACCAAGAUGUACGAGCUGUAUGACCCAUGCACUGUGAUGUUCUUCUUCCGCAACAAGCAUAUCAUGAUUGACCUGGGAACAGGCAACAACAACAAGAUCAACUGGGCGAUCGACAGCAAGCAGGAAAUGAUCGACUUGAUCGAGACGGUCUACCGUGGCGCGUCCAAGGGCCGCGGUCUCGUGGUGAGCCCGAAAGACUACUCGACGCGGUACCGCUACUAG